GCUGUUAAGAUCCCUCUUUCCAGGUUUUUGACCACAUUUCUAAUGUGGCGGUAACAAACUGGGAUCAUGUUUCAUUGUGCUUCGGUGGUCACUCAGGGUUUCAGGGUAUUAAAACCCACAGAAAUGAACUUAAGUUCAGGUCAAAAUAUUAAAGUUUGUAAACAUACUUCCUUUACACAUACUGGAUUUUAUCUAACUCUAACUAAGAAAGUCUUGAGGAAUAUUGGGAAUGUUAAAGUACUCAGCACGUUUCUUAUAAAAUCUGUUGUUUUCAGAAUCAUCUGUUCUUGUUCUCUAUUUGAACUUCUUUUUUUACCACAUUUAAUUCUCUCCUCCACAUUUAUUCAUUAGUUUCUUCCUCUUUUUGCUCCUCCACCUCAUUCGCAGCUUAGCAGAGCAUGUUCAGUGCUGUAGGCUACAACAGAAGCACGCGUUAGAGUCGUGAAGAUAGCUUUUGUAGAAAUCAACCUCCAAAUAUCUCUGGUAGGUGACCUCAGGCUCAUGCUGCUGCAGUCCCUUUUCUUUCAGUGGAAUCACAGAAGAACAACAUGAUGCUGCUGUGAUGUCGUGCUUCUGGUGUCUAAUGUGAUGAUUGAUGAGCCUGUGGUGCAGGAGCCUCCUCACUCUCAGUACAGCCCUUUCAUCCUGGUCUCUAACCUGCGAGCUCACCUGUACGUCGCUCUGGAGAAGAACGCCUGGCUGCAGAAGCGCAUCGAGGAGCUGGAGGAGGAACGCAACUUCCUGCGCUGCCAGCUGGACCGCUUCAUCGUCAGCAUGAGGAGUCCGGAGGUGACCGAGUGGUGUGGAGACUCCCAGCGUGGUGUGAAGGUCCAGCCUGCCAGCUCCCCCUCUCCUCCCUCCCCCAUGACCACCAGGUCUGGAAUGACCCUCAAACGCGCGCAGGGACCAGGACCUCGGACCCGCCGCAGCACCGCCAUCCCUGUCAAGCAGGAGUUUCAUCUGGAGGAGGAUAAAUACUACACCGAGGACGAGUACGUGGAGGAGGAGGAGGAAGAGGAGGAGGAGGAGGAAGAGGAGGACUCGUCGGUGGAGAAGGGGUCGAAGAAGAAGGGCAGAGGGCGAGCCAACGGAGAGCCGAGGAUGAAGAUGAGGAGGAUCUUCAGGAUCACCCACGGGAGGGAGAGACAGAGAGUUAAAGACCCAGACGGGGUUUUGAUUCGUUAUAAGAAGAUCCUGACCACCUACCAGCGGGUGAGGAGCAUGUCCCGAGCCUUCCAGAUCCACGGAGUCGACCGAAACACCAUGGCCUCCACCUCCCCCAUCGCCGAGCUGCUGCUGGUGGCUCCAGAGAAGGUGGCAGAGGUUGGGGAGUUUGAGGCGUCCAAGGAGAAGCUUUUGGAUUACGCCCGGCGGUGCUACAAGACCAUGGACGACCAGACGCACGGCAAGGUCCAGACCAUGAAGAAGACUCACAAGCUGCUGCCGAUCUCCUAUAGGUUCAGAAACUGACCAAUAGGAGGGAGGAGGAAGAGUAUUUGCUGGAUUUGACGGGAGGUUUCUACGCUAAACAUGUAGAUUUUUCUUCUUCUUUUUUUUUUUGCACUUUUUCGACUUAAAUUUUUCAUUGCCUUAAAGUAAGAAGCAGAUUAAGAUUAGAUGCCAAAUUAAAGGAUUAACUUAAUUUGAAUACACUUCAGAAUUUUUGCCAACAAGCUACUUGAUUUAUAUAAAUAUCUGUGAUUUAUUUUUUUUUUUGGUUUUGUGCAGCUGUUAGGGUUGGCAGGAUUUUUAUUUAUUUUUUGGUUACUUUUUGCUUUACCUCAGGAAUUACCUGAUGUUAUACAUUAACUAGAACACACAGUAUAUUGUGCAUUAUAAUGAGAAAUAUUUAUUUGCGUUGUUCAUUUUUGACACAGCAUUUUGUAGUUUAUAAAUUAUUAUUUUGUAAAAUAUUUACAUGUAUUAUUGAAAAAGAGUAUUUGUUCAUAAAUCUCAUGUCUAAGUUAUAUAUUGUAUUUGAGUUUUUUGACUUGUACUGUAUGGUAUUCGAAGGUUUACAAUGUCACAUCAUGCAAGAAAGUAAAUAACUUUAAAUGUA